AUGCUGGUGGUCCUGCUCACAGUGGCCUUGAUGGCCCUGAGCCCAGCUCAGAGGUCAACUGAAGGUAUUGAUGUACGAAGUGAGAAAAGGCACCAGCGACCUCAGGGAACACCUAAUGGAGCAUUCAGACCUCCACCCCCUGCUGGUAAUAGAAACCACAAGGAGAGUCCUGAACCACCCCAACAAGGCCAGCAGCAACAGCAGCACAAUGACACCCAGGGUCCUGGAAACCAGCAAGAGCCACCCCAACAAGAAGGCCAGCAGCAGCAACAGCAGUUAAAUGGCACCCAGGGUCCUGGAAACCAGCAGGAGCCAUCCCAAAAAGAAGGCCAGCAGCAACAGCAGCAAAAUGACACCCAGGGUCCUGGGAACCAGCAAGAGCCACCCCAACAAGAAGGCCAGCAGCAGCAGCAGCACAAUGACACCCAGGGUUCUGGAAACCAGCAGGAGCCACUCCAACAAGGCCAGCAACAGCAGCAGUCCAAUGAUACUGGAAACCAACAGGAACCUACCCAACAAGAGGGCCAGCAGCAGCAGCAGCAGCCAAAUACCACCCAAGGUCCUGGAAAACAGACGGGACCACCUCAACAAGGAGGCCAGCAGCAGCUAAAUGUCUCCCCUCAUCCUGUAAACCAGCAGGGGUCUCAUCUAGAAGGCAAGCAGCAGCUAUCACAGCAGUCAAAGGGUUCUACUGGUCUUGGAAACCAGCAGGGACCAUCUCACCAAGGAGGCCAGGAGCAGCUAAAUGUCCCCCCUCGUUCUGGAAACCUGAAGGAGUCUAAAGUAAAAGGCAAGAAGAAUCAGGAGGAGGAGGACCCAUACGGCACUGUUAGUCCUGGAAACCAACAGGAAAUGCCCAAGAAGAAGAUGAUGUCCUUCAGACAGCUAUGCCAUCAAAACAAGGUGGUCGUAACUGUUUCUUCCAUAUCCCAAUAA